GGUUAAGAUGCAUCUUAAUUGAGGUUAAAAGGAUCUAUUCUUUCACGUUUGUUGAUAUUUUUGAAUUUAUGUACCUAUUUUGUGAUAAUUUAGAAUGAGGUUCUCAUACAAGUUCAGCAACCUGCUGGGGAGAGCUUAUACAAGAGGCAAUCUCGUAUUCACACCUGAUGGAAACUCGCUGAUUAGUCUGGUAUCGAAUAAAAUCAAAAUUUAUGAUGUGAGAAAUUAUAAAGUGGUCACUUUACCAAUAGAGAGCAGAUUCAAUUAUGUUUGUAUGGAUUUAAGUCCCAAUGGUUGUACCUUGAUAGCUAUCAAUGAAGAAGGUGAAGCUCAUAUGAUAAGUUUAAUCUCAUUGACAGUUGUUCAUAGCUAUCGUUUCAAAGGAAAAGUUAGGUGUGUGAAGUUUAGUCCAGAUGGAAAACAUUUCGCUGUAUGCAAAGAAAACAAUGUUUUCGUGUUCAAAGCUCCUGGUCAGUUCUCAGGUCAAUACAAUCCAUUCGUCAUGGAGCGUGUUUUUCACACAGCUACUGAUGAAACCACUUGUUUGAGUUGGUCGUCAGAUUCUCGUUUAUUGGCAGUUGGUGCCAAAGAUAUGACUGUGAGAGUUCAUGCGAUGGAAAAAUACUCCAAUUUCCAAAUUACAGCUGUAAGAAAUCAUACAGAUAGCAUUGUUGGUUGUUUCUUUGAAAAGGACACUUAUGACCUAACAACACUGAGUAAAAAUGGUCAAAUGUGCAUUUGGGAAUGCAAUUUGAACCCUGAAGAUUUGAUACCACAAACAAAAACUUCAAAGACAAAAAAGAAAAAAGAAGAGGAAGAAGAAGACAGUAUAGAUGAAGUUAGAGCAAUAGAAAGAUCAGAAUCCGAUAUUGCCAAAGCUCUCAGAAAACGUAAUGAAGAAAGCAAUGAAUUAGAUAACGAUGACAAAGUUAAAACUUCAGAUAAAUUUUUUUAUAAAAAAUUAGACAGACAUUAUUUGGCCGAUGAACCCAGAAAAAACGAUAGAGAAGUGAUAUUAUCGUCAGUAGAUUAUAAUGUAAACAUAAAAAUCUUAAUAGUAGGUUUCUCGAAUGGAUCUUUUUACAUGUACGAAAUGCCUCAUGUAAGUUUAAUAAGUAAUUUCAAUGUAUCCAAUUCAAGAAUAUCUACUAUGUCUUUCAAUGGAACUGGUGACUGGAUUGCUUUAGGGUGUUCCCUAUUAGGAGAGCUUAUCGUUUGGGAAUGGCAGAGUGAAAAUUUCAUACUGAAACAACAAAGUCACGGCACUAGCACAUCGUGUGUCUCCUACUCAUUGGAUGGUAAGUGGAUAGCCAGUGGUGGAGAAGAUGGGCUGAUGAAACUAUGGGACGUUACUUCCGGAUACUGUUACAAGGCCUUCAAUGACCAUUCGAGUGCUGUAUCAGCUAUAGCUUUUUGUGGGAAUAAGAAAUUCAUCGUGACUGCAUCUCUGGAUGGUACUGUGCGAGCAUAUAAUUUGGCAAGCUAUGUCAACUUCAGAACUUUUGCCGGCACCAGACCAGUACAAUUUGCGUGUGUUGCUGUUGAUUGUAGCGGAGAAUUUGUAGCAGCUGGUGCUCAAGACGUUUUUGAAAUACACUUAUGGUCAGUUAAAACAGGCAAACUGGUGGAAAUAUUGAGUGGACAUCAAGGACCAGUUGGCAGUCUGGCCUUCUCCCCUCUCAUAACCAGCACGACACUGGUCUCCACCUCUUGGGAUAAAACGUUGAGGAUUUGGGAAGCUAUCGAGAAAGGUUCAGCUAAUGAGAGCAUUGAAUUGACGUCAGAUGGCAUGUGCAUCGUUUUCAAUCCAAAAGGACACGAAGUAGCUGUGGCCACCUUGAACGGCCAGAUACACUUCUUCGAUGUGAAGACAUCAUCGCAGACGGGUACGAUUGAUGGCAGACUCGAUCUUGGUAGUGGCAGGUCCGAGACUGACUUGAUUACUGCGAAGAAAUCGUUGGAAGCAAAGGCGUUCACAACCUUAUGCUAUUCUGCAGAUGGAGAGUAUAUUUUGGCAGGUGGACAAUCGAAAAACAUCUGUAUUUAUCACAUAAAGGAGAGGUUAUUGGUGAAAAAGAUCGAAAUCACUCAGAAUCGAUCUCUUGAUGCUGUAGAUGAUUUCAUAAACCGUAGAAAAAUGACCGAAUUCGGCAAUUUGGCCCUUGUGGAGGGAAGGGAAGAGAGGGUAGGUGGCCACGUGGCUAUCAAGUUGCCCGGCGUAAGAAAAGGAGAUUUGGCAGCCAGGGUGCACAAGCCGGAAGUGAGGGUUUACUCCCUUCAGUUCUCACCAUCGAGUCAGCAAUGGGCAGCAGCCACCACAGAAGGCAUAUUGAUCUAUUCGCUCAAUAUGGGCAUGGUCUUCGACCCUUGGGACCUACAAAUUGGCAUUACACCGGCUGCUGUGAAAAAAUCUCUCUCGGCGGAGGAGUACUCGCAGGCUUUAACGAUGUCCAUAAGGUUGAACGAGCCCAAAUUGAUCAAUGAGGUGAUUGAGAGUAUCCCCGUUAAAGAUGUUGAUUUGACUGUUGGAAGUUUGAACCUACAAUAUGUAGAAAAGUUGGUGAUUAUAUUAGCCGAACUUAUGGAAAAGUCUAAUCAUUUGGAAUUUUAUUUGGUUUGGACUAAAUCAGUCGUACGAAGGUUACCUGUACAAAAGGACAAAGCAAUACCAGCACUAGUGGCACUUGAAAAAAUUGUUCAGAGAAGAUAUAGAGAAUUGUCUAAAAUUAAUGAUUACAAUGUACAUACAUCGAAGAUAGCACUCAAGUUAAUAGAAUUAGCUGAGAAAAAUUCUAAAGUUCGAGAAGUACCAGAGGAUGCAAGCGACUCAGACUAUGAAGAUUUAAUGGAGGUUGAUUAUUGAACAUGUUCAUUUGUUAGAGUUUCUUGUUGAUUUUCAUCUUUGUGUAUAUAGAAUAUAAAGUCAAUUUUUGUAAAAUAUUUAUAAGGACCUCUUGUGUCGAAUAUAAAAUAAAAACCAUACAUUACA